UUAUUUUUCAACCUUCAAUCAUCGUGAAUACAUCAGUUUUUUUACGGGACUUUGCGCCGUUUUGGAACAUGUGGCAAUUGGGCAUACUGUCGGGCUUGGUACUGGCGAGUUUUGUCGUCGCUGGUCAACCGAACGUAUCCAACAGAAGAUCUGGCUGCGCGUGCAUUCCUUUUUACUUGUGUCGAAAUAUAAAUGGAGAACUUCGCUACGAUGUCAGGGAUUUUGGAUCGUGUGAAAAUCCAUUAGACGUUUGCUGCAAUAAGUCUCGGGAUGGUGUUCAACAUGUAGAGCCGUUACCAUCGCAACAAAGUAGUUGUCAGCGUACUAAGGCAGGCUUGUUCCCAUCAAUGGUUGCACUUUUCAGCAAUGGUAGAGUUGACGUAAGGGUUGGUUCACUCAUCCAUCCUCAGGCUGUCCUUACUUCAGCUUUCGAUAUCAAAAACUUUCAGGAAAAGGCACUCUACAAGAGAAUAAUAGUUCGUGCUGAUAACCAAGAACGAUAUGUUGAUCGUAUCAUAGGAUAUAAUAACAGUAACAUCUUGCAACCUCAGUGGAAUGAUCUUGCCAUUUUAAUACUAUCGAAACCCUUCGAUCUUGGUUCAAACGUUAAUGUUGCUUGUCUACCGGAGAGCGAAGAUCAGUUUAACAAAUCAGCUUGUUUCACUCUCGGUUUGAACUACAAUGCAUUCACCGAUCAAGUAAUACAAAAAGGAAUCCAGCUUCCAAUAAUAUCACGUGAGGAUUGCAACUCUCAAAUGCAACGUGCACUUUUCAAUAAAACAUUCCAUAUCGGUCAAAACGAUGUUUGCUCCAAAGGUUUUGAAGCAUUCAACAUGUGCGAGGGCUUCUUCGGUGCUCCCUUGGCCUGUCCUGUCAAGAAUAAUCCAAGUCAAUACGUUCAAGUAGGCGUCAUAUUUUGGAGCCCUACGUGUUACGAAGAUAUCCCCACGAUCAGCACUGACACUGCGGGUAUACGUAGAUGGAUCGAUGAAUAUCUCGCACCCGUACCACAACGACCACAAAAGAAUUGUGGACAACGAGUUAACGGCAAAUUCCAAUCGCUGGUCUCGAUUGUCAGCAAAGUAUCGGGAGAGCCUCCACUUAAGUCACCUAUUGGUUUACUCAUUCAUCCUCAGGCAGUCAUUACUUCAGCUGUCAGGCUCCUAAGACAAAGGGCCAGUAACAUAAAAGUUCGUGCUGGUGGCCAAGAACGAGACGUUAGGAGGAUUAUAAACCACGAAUAUUUCAGACGAGGAAGCCCGUGGAAUGAUCUAGCCAUUUUAAUCCUCUCGAGUCCUUUCGAUUCUGCUGAAGACAUUGACUUUGCUUGUCUACCAGAGGGUGAAGAUCAGUUUGAAAAAUCACAUUGCCUCACUUUGGGUUGGAACAUUGAUGAUCAGACCAGUUACCACCAAUGGACACAUUACGAGCUUCCAAUAAUGGAGCGUGGACUUUGCGACAAUCGAAUCAAGGGUUCUGGCGGAGGUCCUUUACUCUGUCCUAUGAAGAAUGAUCCAAAUCGAUACACUCAAGCAGGUAUCAUGUCUUGGGGCCUGUCAUGCAAUAGCAUGGACCCCAUAAUCAACACGCACAUCGCAGAGGCACGUGAAUGGAUCGACCAGACAAUGAGGGCCCACAAUCUAGACACUUCCUCGUAUACUUAUUGAUCGCGAACUAUAUCAACACGAUGAAACCGAGGCUGUCACGUCCGGUUUUGCUACCACGACCAGGAACGAAAUCGAUAAACCGAAUUUUAAAACUUUAUUAUAUUUUUACUGUAUUUUUAAAUGGAAAUUAAUAUGGGAUUUGUAAUGGGAAUACGAAUAAAAAUGAGGGCAACUUCUCAA